ACAACUCUUGUUCUCUUUAAGCUUCUUGUCAUAUUUUCACCUUUUGGUUUCUCAUUUAUGGAGGUUCCAAUUUUUUUCCAUUUAAUAAAUUUUAUUCGUUAGUGAAACGUUAAUGGACGCAAAGGGUAAAGAGUCACCUAAUCCAAUAGUAACUUCUUUAAAUGCUCACAUUUUAUCCAAACUUUGUUCAAAACCCACUCAAAAAGCUUGAAACUUUGAACCUAUUGAGUAUUGAUCCUCAAACCUUGAGAGUUUAAGCCUGUUAUGCUCUUUACAGAGCCUCAGCUCCAAGUUUCAGCGUUUCCAAAAUGUCAUCAUUAGAGAUGUCCCAUAUCGAUUUAGAGCAAGGAACUCACCGCCGGAACUGGAGUGACGUCAGCGCCGGCGAGGCUAGCGUAUGCUUCUCGGACGCCGAAGAGGGUUCAUGCUACUCUCAGUUUUAUUCUACCACAGGUGGCUCUUACGAUGAGUACAGUUUUGCUUGCGCUUCUGACGGAGAGAUUGGUGACGUGCCCGAUUCCAGGAGGCUGUCUUCGGUCUCUGAUUAUUCAGUGGAGGUGGAGAUUCAGAGGGGAGUUCCUGAAAUUAAGGUGCAUUUGGCGAAACUUGAGAAAGAUUGUAGAAUUUGUCACUUGGGUUUGGAAAGUAACAGCCAUGAAUCUGGUGUUCCUAUUGAAUUGGGCUGUUCUUGUAAGGAUGAUCUUGCUGCUGCUCAUAAACAGUGUGCUGAGGCUUGGUUCAAGAUCAGAGGAAAUAAGACCUGUGAGAUUUGCCAUUCUAUUGCACGCAAUGUAGUUGGAGUGAACGAGAUUGAGUCGACAGAGCAAUCAAAUGAGACCAACAGUUCCACGGUAACAGCUGCAGUCUCCGGACCAGCACCCCAUACAGACUCUCGAAACUUCUGGCAUAGCCAUCGCUUCCUCAAUUUUCUCCUUGCUUGCAUGGUAUUUGCAUUUGUCAUAUCAUGGCUCUUUCACUUCAAUGUGCCAUCAUCCUAAAAUCCUGUAGCAGAG